AUGAAGGUCUACUGUAUGUCAGAAGCAGUGGAGGAAGAGUCUGUAGGCGCCAACGCAGCGCAGUGCAGAGCAGAGCAGAUCAGUGCAGUGGUGACGGGAGGAGGAACUCCGAAAGCAAACACACAAAACAGGAAUCAGUGACGUCUAUGAGUCUCUGCUGCGGGCCACUCACUCACUUGCCGCGAGCAGCUCUAGCUCUGGCCUCCAAGUACUCCCGGCGCUCCUCGUCGCGCAGCUGGCGACGCUCCGCCUCGUUCGUAGUCACGAUGUCGUCUGUCGCCGCCAAAACACGAUUGUUAUUGUUUUUGUUUUUCAAGACCCAGUUGUCAAGUGAACAGAGCCGAGGAAAGCUAGCGACGUACAGAAGCCCGUCUUGACCAUGAAGAGCUCCAUGGCCGCGCCCGUGACGAAGCAGAUGGGCACAAGCUUCUUGAGGAUCGGCGUGAGCGCCACCGUCGCCUGAUGCUGCGGCGCCAUUCUCCUUGUGUGUGCCACAGGUCUCAGUUGUGUAUCACUGGUGUACGGUUGUAAAACCGUACACCAGUGUAGCCAUCUUGCGGCAAAGGACACUGUGCACCACCAACAGCAACAACCGACUGACGUGGCAAAUGGCAACGGCGCCGUUGAGCUGCGUGGGCUUCCGCUGUCUGGACCGGGACGAAUGCUACCACUACGAUGAGACGCUGAAGAGCGCGGCCUUCAUGCACGACGGAGACAGCUGCCACAACACGCUGGCGGACGUGCAGCACCGCUUCCGGUACCACAACAAGGACGGCAAGCUGCAGCUGCUAAGCGCCGACGAGGUGCAGGAGCUCAUGAAGUGCACGUACACGAGCAAGCUCAUCUUCCAGAGGACGCACCUGCUGCGCAACUACGCGUUCUGGGGCUUCUCGGACUCGGUGCAGGACGGCUUCGACCAGUUUGCGCCGCUGGGCCACGACACCUUCGAGGUCUCCCACAAGGUCGUGAUCGGCCACGUCUCGCUGCUGGACCACGUCGAGGAGCAGCCGCUGGGACUGUUCGCACUCGAAAGCCUCGCGCAGUAUGAGUUUUUGGGAGAGUACACGGGCGUGAUCAAGGUGGGCGUGAGCGAGAUGAACGAGUUCGACCCGUACGGCAUCUCGUACCCCUCCGUGUACGAGGGCGGCGACCUGUACGUGAGCGCGAGCGAGUACGGCAACGUCAUCCGCUGCAUCAACCACAGCGCCACGCCCAACGCGCGCUUCGUGCCGAUGGUGCACAACGGCAUCCUGCGGAUUUUCUGCGUUCGUUUUGUUCGGAUUGCUUGCUUGCUGUGGUCCGUCUUGCUUACCCACUGACGCCAUGCUUUGACCUGCAGUUUGUGAUCCAGGACAUCAAGCAGGGCGAGCAGAUCUUCGUUAACUACGGGCCUUCCUACUGGAAGUCGACGGGUAUCGAGCCCAUUGCGUUCCACGAGCCAGAACAAGUUGUUGGUGUACAGUAGCUUUUUAUUCCCAUUACAAGGAGUUAAAUGUGAGAGAAGAGAGAAACCGGAUUGCAACGCAACGCGUACAAGCCCGCCAGUAACUUGGGAGUGACGCAUGGUCGAGCUUACUCCUCGAUCUCGACGACGGCCUCAAUCUCGACGGCCACGUUGAGCGGCAGGGCGUUGGUGCCCACGGCCGAGCGGGCGUGGAUGCCCUUGUCGCCGAAGACCUUGCCGAUCGUGUCCGAGGCGCCGUUGAUCACGGCCGGCUGCUGCGUGAAGCCGUCCACGCAGUUGACGAAGCCCACGAGCUUGACCACGCGCUUGAUCUUGUCCAGGUCGCCCACCUCGUGCUUGAGCGUGGCCAUGAGGCUCAGCGCCACGUAGUGCGCGGCGUCGUAGCCCUGCUCGGGCGUCAGGUCCUUGCCGAUCUUGCCCAGGAUGAGCUCGCCGCCCGCGGGCUGCGGCAGGUGGCCGGCCAGGUAGAUGGUGUUGCCCGAGCGCACCGACGUGCGGUAGUUGCCCUUGGGCUCGGCCACGGCCGGCAGCGUGUAGCCCAGCUCCUCCAGCUUGCGCUCGAUGUGGACGUUGCGCGUGGCGGCGGCCAGCGAGCGCGGCUUCAUGGUGCGGAUGAGGGACAGCAUCGUGGUGGUCUGGGGUGGGAGGGGGUGGAAGACUGGCGGGCGACGGGG